CUUGAACAACACCCGCUUUUAUUAUUGUUCAUUCAUCCCCUUAUACCUUACCCACGGAUCUACUACCACUUACGCGCAUCGUCAUUUGUUGCAUCUUGACAUCCUUUCCCUCCCCAACAAACACCUUUUUCUUCUUACCCCCUCCCCUGCAACUAUCCCGAACUGCACCUUCAUCACCAUCUUCUUCUCUUUAUAAUUUUCUACCGCCGCUAGCCACCAGAUACCCUCGAAAUACCCAUUACUCCAUUUCUUCCUGCAAAAUGCCACCGCGUGUGCCAAAACGAAAAGCUGCUGAAGCGGUAGAGAAUACCUUUAAUGGUUCUCCUGAGAGUGAAGGAGAACGGGCAGCUGAUGUAGUUCUGCCUAUCCGCAAAGGUAACAGGACACGGAAAAUAGCAGAGCCCAAGACAAAGGCAAAGACAGCUGCGAAAGUCGCGAAGACCAUUAAGGCAUCGAAGGCUACUAGCACCGAAAAUACCACCGCUGAAAAUACCUCCACCGCAACGACAAAGGCGGUGAGGAAAGUCAUUGAGAGAGCAAAACCCACCUCACUCGGGGCCGCUCCUGUAUCGAAGGCUAGGAAGGUAGCUGUUGCGACUGCUGAGAAGAAAGCUGGAGAUGAGGAACGGGUGGAAGAGGUAAAAGCUACGAAGGGGAAAAAACGGAAGGAGAAGCAGCAGGGGAAGGAGAAGGAAAAGGGGAAUGGGGAGCUAAAGGAGACUGAGGAGACCACGAUGGUUGAGGAGGCCGAGAGAGAGAAAUCUGUCGAACCGGCCCGCAAGAAGGGUCGCGCUAAAGCUAAAGCGCUCGCGGACCCUAAAAUAACAUCUGUCCCUACCCGGCGACUGAAUAUUUACGCGUUUGGUACUGGCGAUAAUGCCGAGUUGGGCCUUGGGCCAGAGGUUAACGCAAAGGUUGUCAAGCGCCCUAGAUUGAAUACCCAUCUUCUCCCCGAAAAGGUUGGAAUUGUUGCUGUUGCGAUUGGUGGUAUGCACGGUUUGGCUUUGUCGCAUGAGGGGAAAGUCUACUCGUGGGGUGUCAAUGAUCAGUACGCCCUUGGGAGGGAAACGAAGUAUACUCCUCCGGUGGGAGAUGUGGGUUCCGAUGAGGAUAGCGACAGCGACGACGAAGAACCCUUGAACCCAUUGGAGAGCAUGCCAAUGCUAAUUACAGCGUUCCCAGAGGGGACUGUAAUUACAAACAUUGCUGCCGGUGAUAGCGUUUCAAUCGCUGUUACAGAUACCGGCAAGGUUUAUGGGUGGGGAACAUUUAGGUGCUCCGACGGCAUUCUUGGAUUCAAUGAGAAGACCCGUAUACAGAGCGUUCCCGUUUUACUACCUACACUCAAGAACAUUGUUCAAGUUAGCGUCGGCACUGAUCACGUCCUCGGCCUUACGAGGGAAGGAAACGUAUUCGCGUGGGGCAAUGGCCAACAAUUCCAACUCGGGAGGCGUGUUGUUGAAAGAACCCGCCUCAAUGGGCUCAUUCCUCGAGAGUUUGGUCUUCCUCGCCACCAGGUCAGGUACGUCGCUACCGGCUCAUAUCAUUCUUUCGCAAUUACCGAAGACGGGAAGGUCUGGGCGUGGGGACUCAACCAAUUUGGCCAAUGCGGGAUAUACGACCCGAAGCACGCCGGGGAAGACAACACCGUGGUUCCCGUUCCCACCGUUGUCCAGGGCCUUAUAGAGCAUAAGAUUGUUCAGAUAUCCGCUGGAGAACAUCACUCAGCCGCCGUGACCGAGGACGGUGAGCUUCUGGUCUGGGGCCGUCUCGACGGUGGACAACUUGGUUUGGACCCUGAGACACUCCCAGCGGAAGACGUUGUCCGUGACGUAUCUGGCAAGCCUCGCUAUCUUUCGACCCCGCGUGCAGUCCCUGACAUCAAGUUCUCCUUCAUUGGCUGCGGCACGCACCAUAAUAUAGCUAUCUCGAGAGAGGGGCAGGCAUACUCUUGGGGCUUCGGCGGCAGUUAUCAAACCGGCCUCGGCCCCGAGGCUGACGACGAGAUCAAAACCCCGACAAAAAUUGAGAACACAGCUACCAGAGGUGUCAAGAUGGUUUUCUCUGAUGCCGGCGGGCAAUUUUCCAUCCUCGCUGGCAUUCCCCCGAAACUUACCAAUGGCACUUUAUAGGCCACGCGCCUUGAUUGGUUGUUGGUGGAAGUAAGAUGAGACGAGAAUGUGAUGUGAUGGUCAAUCUAUUCUGUGCGUGUUUAUUCUUUUCUUUUUUCUUUUUUCAAACAUAACUCGGGAACGUUAUGCAUACGAACGGAUUGGCCGACGGACGGAUGGAUUGGCUGGUGGAUGUCGUGAUGGAGGUGGUUGGUUAGUGGCUGACAUAUUUUGUAACGGUAUAAAAAAGCGGUCUCCAUCUUAUUUUUUUCCCCUCUCUUUUCCUUUCUUGCUAUCAACCUAUGGGGUUUCUUUUCUCUCUUAUUAUUCUUUUCCCCUUCUUAUUUCGGUCACGCGAGGCGUGAGUUUGGGUUUUCCUUUUUCUCUUUUAAAAUCGGUUCGGUUUCGUGGUUUAUUACUUAAUUCCUGUCGGGGUGGGGGUGGGGGUGGGAUUAUCUACAGUACAAUGCUUGCUGAGCUCUAUGUCAAAUAUUUCAUUCAUACACCAGGGACGGGGAAUAUGUAUAGUGCAGUGUAGAUGGGGGCAAUGCAGCGGAGUAACAAGUUUCA